CCACUGAGCCACCGUGCUGCCCCUUGGUAGCUUCCAAUACACACUGGAGCACCACACUACAAAGCCCAGUUUAAGAUCUCAGCUGACAAUGAUGUAUGAAUUUCAGUGGCAAUGUGAUGCUGGUGUGUGUUUGUGUAUCAGAGGACUGAGUGUCUGUGUGUGAGAUGUUAUGGUCCUAUUGAUGCUGAUGUCCUUAACUCUGUCUGCAGCAUCACACGUGGAAGAUUUUGCUGGUCAUUAGUGUCUGGCCUGGAACUGACCUCAGUUGGUGAGACCUUCCCCUGCCUGGAGAGUGUGACCAUCUGAUUCACAGCCACAAUAGGACAGGCAGCUCACUGCAAUUCCUCCUCAAACAUUGGCAUCAUUUUAAACAGUGGGACAAUUCCACAGACUGUACAAUUUGGGAGAGGGAAUGAAAGAAUAUAAGACUAUUGGCUAAAACUAGCGUUGGUCGAAAUGUAAGUCUGGAACUGAGUUUUUGAGCCUUAAAUGAUCAGUCGAGGUGCAGUUGCUGGGCCCUGAGGGACUGGUCCCAUCAUCCUGAAAAUAGUGUCCUUUCUCCACCCUCCUGUUCAGUCUCAGGGAGAUAGUCUGUACAGGAAACCGAGAGAAGGAUGUCUGAAAAGCAGUGAAUUGGAGAGGGUGAGGCUGAGAGAGGGAUGAGGAUGGAGGGGCCAGGAGUGGGUUCACUAACAGGAUGGUGACGUGAGCUUGUGAUCGGUCACCUGGAAGUGGAACCCCUCACCCAGCCACAAACCAGCCUCAGGACAGGGAGAGCAGGAGCUCCUCAGAAUAAUGUUCUGCUCCAAGAAGAAAGCUAACCGUCCGCCGGUUGUUGUCCCGUCGCUGAGAGGUCACGGCUACCUGGAUUAUACUGUGGAAAGUCACCCAUCGCGGGCUUUGAGCAUCAUGCAGGAGCUGAGACAAGACAGACAGAUGUGUGAUGUGACAGUGCGAGUGAGCCAUGGUGGGAAGGAGCAGACAUUUGCUGCCCAUCGGAUUGUCCUGGCUGCCUCCAGCCCUGUCUUCAAGGCCAUGUUCACGAGCAGCCUGCGGGAACACCAGGCUCCUGAGGUCAAGAUCCAGGGCAUUCACCCCAUGGUAAUGGAGAGGCUGAUUGAGUUUGCAUACACCUCGCGGGUCUCAGUGGGUGAACAGUGUGUCCUACAGAUGCUGCUGGCCAGCACCAUGUACCAGGUGGAGGGGGUGAUCAACGCUUGCUGUGAUUUCCUCAUCAAGAACCUGGACUCUGCUAAUGCUAUCGGCAUUUACCAUUUUGCUGAACAGAUUGGCUGCACUGAGCUACGCCAGAGAGGGAAGGAAUAUAUCAAUAUUCAUUUCACUGAGGUGACCAAAGAGGAGGAGUUCUUUAAUCUGACUCACUGUCAGCUCCUGGACCUUAUCAGUCAGGAUGGACUGAAUGUGCUGUGUGAGUCGGAUGUGUAUAAGGCGUGUACCGAAUGGGUGCGCUGGGACUUGGAGGGUCGCACCCAGUAUUUCCAUGCCCUCCUCAAUGCCCUCCAGAUCUACGCUCUGCCCCUCCGCUUCCUGAAGCACCAGCUGCAGGAAUGCCCGAUCCUAGACAAGGUCAACUCGUGCCGGGACUGGCUUUCCAAGAUUUUCCAGGAGAUGUACCUCCGUAGGCCCCUGCCCCCGGUCAGGCAGCGGGGGAACCAGCUGCUGUAUGUGGCCGGGGGCUAUCUGCACCGGCCCCUCCCAAACAUGGAAGCAUUUAGCCCCCGCACGGGCCGCUGGUUGAGGUUGGCCGAUAUGCCAGUAGCCCGCAGUGGGACAGGCUCAUGUGUGGUACUGGGGCUGUUUUAUACAGUGGGCGGCAGGAAUAACUCUCAGGGCGAGAACGUGGACUCGGGGGCACUGGACUGUUACAACCCAAUGACCAAUCAGUGGAGCCACCGAGCACCGAUGAUCGUGCCCAGGAACCGGGUGGGGGUCGGGGCAAUCGAUGGAGUCAUUUACGCCGUUGGAGGUUCCUGCGGAUCGAUUCACCAUCGCAGCGCGGAGAAAUAUGACCCGGAAACAAACAAGUGGACAUCCAUAGCUCCAAUGAGGGUGUGUCGUAUUGGUGCUGGGGUGGCAGUAUGGAAUGGACUCUUGUAUGUGAUUGGUGGAUUUGAUGGAAAGAACCGUUUGAAUAGUGUGGAGUGUUAUCGGCCUGAGAAGGAUGAAUGGAGUUUGAUCUCUCCAAUGGGAUCCCCUCGCAGUGGAGCAGGUGUUGUUGCAUUAAACAAUUAUAUCUACGUUGCUGGUGGUUACAAUGGAAGGGAACAGUUUUCCUCAGUUGAGAGGUACAGCAUAGAAACCGAUAAAUGGGAAAAUGUUGCCAGCAUGAAGCAUGGUCGGAGUGCGAUGGGAGCAACUGCUUAUCGGGGCAAGAUCUACGCACUGGGAGGCUUUAAUCAGAACGGUUUUCUCGACAGUGUGGAGUGUUAUGACCCAGAGAAAGAUGAAUGGACAGAGGUCGCUGUCAUGCCCACUCAACGCAGUGGAAUAGGAAUUGCAGUCAAUAUGGAACCAUGUCCAAGGAACCUCACCCCGGCUGACAACUGACCAUUGCGCUCCCUAAUAACUGAUGGUACAGGAAUUGGCAGAGACUGCUACUCUCCCCACUGCUUCCACCUGUGAGAAAUGAAUUGGCAAAUUCAGACUCACCACCACACACUACAUUUGCUGGUUGCUGCAGCACAGAAUGUGCCAGAACUUUCUACAGAGAACAGGUACAGAAGUGAAGAUCAAAGUGGACAUUUACAAUGUAGAGGGCCAGGAAUACUGUACAUGUAUCCCUCAACAAAGACUCACUGUAGAAUGAUACAUUCCAGUUUAAAGCUGCAAACCCAGGCAUGCAAUUGACUCUAUCAAACCGUGGAUUUAUUCAUCUUAACUUACAGAAAGGAGCUGAACAGAUACCUGUCCAGGGUUGGGCAAAGAAGGUUGUUGAAAAAUGUGCCAAUUGGGAAUCUCUCACUCUGGUUCCUGUUGAGUCAGCAGCUUGAAGGACUUGGUCAGGAGUGGGACAAGAGUUGGAGGAAUAAAAACACAUAGAACUCUCACCACUGCACACACCUUGCACACAUGCACACAAACUCAUACGCCCACACAGACACAGUCAUACAUGCACACACAUGCACACAGACACACAUGUACACACUCAACCACAUAUAUAUAGAUGCACACACUCUCACAGAAGCAUUCACACCUUCUCACACGUGCACACACACAACCUCACUGACGCCUACACUCUCUCAUACUCAUAUCUACACUCACACAUAUACACACACAAACUCACACUUACACACAAACACACCUACACACACAAACUCACUCACGCCUACACACACACA